AUGGCUUCCAAGACUUUGUUUCUUUUGGGUCUACUCGCAUUUCUUCUCGUCUUCUCAGAAAUGGCCUCAGCUGACACGGCCGUGAAGACAAAGAGUGAGGAAACUGUACAACCUAAUAGUGGCCCUGGAGGAGGAGUAGGAGGAAAUCACUGCCGCCACGGCUGCUGCGCCAAAGGAGGUAUCCGUAGCUGCCCAAGGUGUUGUGCAUAUGUCGGAGAAGCUGUGGUCGUCACUUGAUCUACAUAAUAUAUAUCAACCACUAUGUUACGAUUGCAUCUAUAUAAACACUUACGUGUGUGUAUUAUAAGUUAACCAUGCAUGGUGUGUUUUGUAAUGAAGUGCCUCAAGUAUAACUAAGAAGGGAAACUAUUGGAAUAAAGUUU